UCUGUUUCUCUAAAGAGUGAAUGCGAAGACAAUGGCGUUUAAAAUCGCCCUCAAUCCAGUUAAUCACGUAUUAGAUGUGCUAGUAGUGGCCGAGGUAAUUAUAUCUGAAAAUAGAGAUAUAAUAAUAUCAUGGAAUAAAACUUGGAAUGACAAGUCAGAUGUUUGUUUGUAUAAUAAAGAUAACAAACUAUUAGGACAAUAUAAUAAUGAAAUUACCCGAUAUUUAGCAAGGGCAAUGUAUCCCUUACUUUAUGGUGGUACCUGUCCUUAUGAAAGAACAGAAAUCGAUCACUGGAUAUCCUGUGCCCUAGUAUUGCAAAAUAUACAAACAAACAAAGAUCUUUUAAACUAUCUGAAUAAUGUAUUAAUAGCACGGACAUGGCUCGUCACUAAAAGAUUAACAUUGGCUGAUAUUCAUGUGUUUUGUGUUUUGUAUCGUCAUGAAUAUAUAAAAUUGUAUGCAAAAGAUUAUUGUAACAUUACUAGAUGGUAUAAGCAUAUGGAAUCGCUUCCUGUUUUCAAUAAUGCAAUAUCUAUGAUUACAAAAAAUUGUUCUUCAAUUUUGAAACCAAAAGAUAUAAGUCCACAAAAGGAAAAGUCUGAUGCCAAACAAACAAAAACAAGAAAACAGGAGGGCAAAUUCAUUGAUCUUCCUGGAGCAGAAAUGGGCAAAGUAGUAGUAAGAUUUCCACCAGAAGCAAGUGGCUACCUGCACAUUGGUCAUGCCAAAGCAGCUCUUUUAAAUCAGUAUUACGCCGAGGCUUUUCAAGGACAACUUAUCAUGAGAUUUGAUGAUACAAAUCCAGCGAAGGAGACUGUAGAAUUUGAGGAAGCUAUAUUGGAAGAUUUAAAAUUACUGCAGAUUAAGCCUGACCGUUUUACGCAUACUUCGGAUUACUUUGAUUUAUUGCAAGAGUAUUGUACUACACUAAUUAAGGAUGGAAAGGCAUACCUGGAUUGUACCCCGGCGAAUCUUAUGAAAGAACAACGAGAUAAAAGAUUGAAAUCUGAAUAUCGAGAUCUCUCCCCUUCCGAAAAUCUGCAAUUGUGGGAAGAAAUGAAACGUGGUACUGAAAAGGGCCAAGAAUAUUGCGUUAGAGCAAAGAUUGAUUAUCAAUCAACAAAUGGAUGUAUGCGUGAUCCUACAAUUUACCGUUGCAAAUUAGAAUCUCAUCCACGUACUGGAAACAAAUACAAGAUAUAUCCUACAUAUGAUUUUGCCUGCCCAAUUGUUGAUGUUAUCGAGAAUGUUACUCAUACUCUACGAACAACAGAAUAUCAUGAUAGAGAUGUUCAAUUUUAUUGGAUAAUCGAGGCUUUGGGACUGCGUCGCCCGUAUAUUUGGGAAUAUUCACGAUUAAAUAUGACUCAUACGGUUUUAUCUAAACGAAAAUUAACUUGGUUUGUAAAUGAAGGUCUAGUCGAUGACUGGGACGAUCCACGUUUUCCAACAGUAAGAGGCAUUCUAAGACGAGGAAUGACAGUCGAGGGUCUGAAACAAUUCAUCAUCGCACAAGGUAGUUCCAGAUCUGUGGUCUUUAUGGAAUGGGACAAGAUAUGGGCUUUUAAUAAGAAAGUCAUCGAUCCAGUUGCGAUCAGGUAUACUGCACUGGAUUAUAAUGAAUUGAUACCAGUUAAUGUAAUAGAUGCUAAGCAAGAAUGGUUGAGUGUGCAAAAUCAUCCUAAAGAUUUAUCUAAAGGUACCAAACAAGUGCGAGUAAGCUCGAAAAUUUUGAUAGAAAAGGAAGAUGCUGAAAGAUUAAUUGAGGGACAGAAUGCAACCUUUAUUAAUUGGGGUAACAUAAUGAUACAAAAGAUAAAUAAACAAGGUGACAAAAUAGUAGAUGUGGAAGCACGAUUAAAUCUAGAGGACAAAAAUUACAAAAAUACCUUGAAGAUCACAUGGCUAGCUGAAUCGUUAUCUAAGUCUGAUCCAAAUGCAGAAAAAUCAAAUCCAAUAAAAUGUUACGCUGUUUACUUUGGUCACAUUAUGAGUGUACCGGUUUUGGGCAAAGACGACGAUUUUAAAAACUUUGUUGCCAAAGAUACAAGAAAAGAAAUUCGAAUGUUGGGUGAAGUAGAACUAACACGCGUGAAAAAGGGAGAGAUAAUUCAGCUUCAGAGAAAGGGAUUCUUUAUUUGUGAUGUUCCAUAUGCAUCUAAUUCUUAUUCAACACAGGAACAACCAAUUAUACUGUUUCAUAUACCUGAUGGGCAUACAACAACACCUUAUAUAACGCCUGCGGUAUCCUAUAAUCAACAGAAUGAUCCCGUUAAUCUUGCAACAAGAGCAGAGCUAAUUUCUAAAAAAAUAAAAAAGCAGAGUGACGAAGUACAAAAUCUAAAAAGUUUGAAAGUCGACAAGAACAUUAUUGAACAAGAAGUAAAGAUCCUCUUGAUCUUAAAGAGUGACUACAAAAUUGUAACUGGUCAGGAUUGGAAACCAGCUGAUACUAAAGUUGAUAGUACUGAAGCAAAACCAGAGAAUAAACAAAUUUUGGAAGCGGACAAAAUAUCCGAAGAAAUAAAGAAACAAGGAGAUAAAGUACGAAAUCUAAAAAGCUCAAAAGCUAAUAAGAGCAUUAUUGAUCAAGAAGUGAAGGUUCUCUUAAGUUUAAAAAGUGACUUUAAAAAUGUGACUGGUCAGGAUUGGAAACCAGCCGAUACUGAAGUUGCUAGUACUGAAAGUAAGAUAAAGCCAGAGAACAAAGGAACUUUGGAAGCGGAGAAAAUAUCUGGAGAAAUAAAGAAGCAAGGCGAUAAAGUACGAACUGUAAAAAGUUCGAAAGCUGACAAAAGCAUUAUUGAUCAAGAAGUAAAGAUUCUCUUAAGUUUGAAAAGUGACUAUAAAAAUGCGACUGGUCAGGAUUGGAAACCAACUGAUACUAAAGUUGCUAGUACUGAAAGUAAGACAAAGCCAGAGAACAAAGGAACUUGGGAAGCGGAGAAAAUAUCUGAAGAAAUAAAGAAACAAGGAGAUAAAGUACGAAAUCUAAAAAGCUCGAAAACUAAUAAGAGCAUUAUUGAUCAAGAAGUGAAGGUUCUCUUGAAUUUGAAAAGUGACUUUAAAAAUGUGACUGGUCAGGAUUGGAAACCAGCUGAUACUAAAGUUGCUAGUACUGGAAGCAAGAUAAAGCCAGAAAAUAAAGGAACUUUGGAAGCGGAUAAAAUAUCCGAAAAAAUAAAGAAGCAAGGCGAUAAAGUACGAAAUCUGAAAAACUCGAAAGCUGACAAGAUUAUUAUUGAUCAAGAAGUGAAGGUUCUCUUAAGUUUGAAAAGUGACUAUAAAAAUGCAACUGGUCAGGAUUGGAAACCAGCUGAUACUAAAGUUGCUAGUACUGGAAGCAAGAUAAAGCCAGAGAAUAAAGAAACUUCGGAAGCGGAGAAGGUAUCUGAAGAAAUAAAGAAGCAAGGCGAUAAAGUACGAAAUCUAAAAAGUUCGAAAGCUGACAAGAGCAUUAUUGAUCAAGAAGUAAAGGUUCUCUUAAGUUUGAAAAGUGAUUAUAAAAAUGCGACUGGUCAAGAUUGGAAACCUGUGAAUUCGGAUGCAGCAUCGAAAAAGGAAAAGCAAAAUACUUCUAAGCUUGAAAAGACAUCGGAGAAAGAAGUUAUAAAAAAUGCGAACAAUGACUCAGAUUCAAGCAAAACAGGAACAAGAUUAGGAUUAGAAGCAAAGAAGGAGGAAAAUUUCACUGAUUGGUACUCGCAAGUUAUUACGAAAAGUGGAAUGAUUGAAUAUUAUGACGUGUCAGGAUGUUACAUUCUUCGUCCGUGGAGUUUUUCGAUUUGGAAGAUAGUAAAGGAGUUUAUUGACAAAGAAAUAACGGAUACCGGUGUUCAAGAAUGCUACUUCCCGAUCUUCGUUACUCGCAGCGUAUUAGAAAAGGAAAAGGCGCAUAUAACAGACUUUGCGCCGGAAGUCGCGUGGGUGACAAAAUAUGGUGAAACCGAUUUGGCGGAGCCCAUAGCUAUACGGCCCACCUCGGAGACUAUCAUGUAUCCAGCUUAUGCCAAAUGGCUGAGAUCAGACACCGAGUUACCACUUAGGCUUAAUCAGUGGAACAACGUUGUGAGAUGGGAAUUUAAAGAUCCCAAACCUUUCUUACGCACCAGAGAAUUUUUAUGGCAGGAAGGCCAUACUGCGUUUGCUACUAAGGCAGAAGCGGAAGCGGAAGUAUUGAUGAUUUUAGACUUAUAUGCUAGGGUCUACGAGGAUUUGUUAGCGGUGCCCGUCAUUAAAGGCCGCAAGACUGAAAAGGAGAAAUUCGCGGGUGGCGAAUAUACUACUACUGUUGAAGCGUUUAUUCCGAUUAACGGUCGCGCAAUACAGGGAGCGACAAGCCAUUAUUUAGGACAAAACUUUUCGAAGAUGUUUAAUAUUCAAGUAGAAGGUAUCGAGGGUCGAGAAGAAAAAACGUUUGUUUAUCAAAAUUCGUGGGGUUUAACUACACGAACGAUUGGAGUCAUGAUAAUGGUACACGGAGAUGAUCGAGGUUUAGUAUUACCUCCAAAUAUAGCACCCAUACAAAUCAUUGUGAUUCCCUGCGGUAUAGCUGUGAACAUGGAUGAACACACAAAAGAGAGUAUUCUAAAGAAAUGCGAUUGGCUAGUUCGUCAUUUGGGUCAAGAGGGUAAAUUUAGAGUGAAAAGUGAUUGUAGAUUUUCUCGAACACCUGGAUGGAAAUUCAAUCACUGGGAAUUGAAAGGCGUGCCAAUAAGGCUUGAAGUAGGUCCGAAGGAUUUGUUAAAAAAUCAAGUAACAGUCGUACGAAGGGAUAACUCCCAGCGAACAGCUAUCGAAAUAUGCAACGAUAACAUAAUUGCUCCGUUAACUUCAAUAUUGAAUGAUGUGCAAAGACAAUUAUUAUCAAGAGCGAGAAGCGAGUUAAACGAGCAUAUUAAACAAGUAGAAAAGUGGAGUAAUUUCAACCCCGAGCUUAAUAAAAAGAAUUUAUUGUUGGCACCUUUUUGCGGAGAUCCAGCAUGUGAAGAUAAGAUUAAGGAGGAUAGUAAGGAAGAUAAAAGUGAAAGCACAGAAAGUGGAUCAUUAAUGGGCGCCAAGAGUCUAUGCAUACCAUUUGAUCAGCCAAAAAUAACAAGAUCACUCGAUGAACUAAAAUGUAUUCAUCAUAGUUGCAGAAAUAAGCCGAAAUUUUAUACACUUUUCGGACGCAGUUACUAA